ACUCUCUCCGCUCCAUCCGUCCAUUCAGCCCCCACAGUCAGCAAAACACACGUCAGAGCGCAGGUCCACGGCAAGCGAAUCCUGCAGAGCUCCGUGUAUGUGUGUUGAUGUGUGUGUGUGUCAGUGUCAGGAGGAGAGAGAGAGACAGCGUGAACUAGCUGCUUCUGAACCACUGCAGGAGCAUUAAAUCUGGGACUGUCACAGAUACUGAAGGAGAGAGAGAAGACAUUCAAAAAAGGACGUUUAUCUAGCGGCACAGUUAUGGAGACUCAUCUCUGCUGUCCACCAGCGGAUCAAACUAGAAGCAAAGGACAGAAAAGUCAGCCGCCGAAUUGACUUUAAUCUUCUGGCGGAGGAAGGAGAUCAUAUUCCCUGACAGUUUGCUCUCAGAAGGUGAACACACUCAUGGUGGAUGCCAAGGGAAGGAACAUGAAAUGUCUGACGUUCUUAUUGAUGCUUCCAGAGUCAGUUAAGAGCAAGUCCAGUAAAGGCUCCAAAAAGGGGAGUCCCAGCAGCUCGUCCAAGCUGCCCCCUGUGUGCUAUGAGAUCAUCACCUUGAAAACCAAGAAGAAGAAGAAGAUGGCAGCUGAGAUCUUCCCCACGAAGAAGCCGGCGUCGGCCACCACCGUGCAGCAAUACCAGCAGCAGAACUUGAACAACAACAACACUAUCCAAUGCUGCAACUGGCAGGGUCUGUACUCCACGAUCAGGGAGAGAAAUGCUGUGAUGUUCAAUAACGAACUGAUGGCUGAUGUUCACUUUGUUGUCGGUCAGUCCGGAGGAACUCAGAGGCUCCCGGGACACAAGUAUGUCCUUGCUGUGGGAAGCUCAGUUUUCCAUGCCAUGUUCUAUGGAGAGUUGGCAGAGGACAAGGAUGAGAUCCGUAUCCCUGAUGUGGAACCUCCUGCCUUUCUGGCUAUGCUGAAGUACAUUUACUGUGACGAAAUAGACUUGAGUGCCGACACCGUAUUGGCAACGUUAUACGCAGCCAAAAAGUACAUAGUCCCGCACCUGGCACGGGCUUGUGUCAACUUCUUGGAAACAAGUUUGAGUGCAAAGAAUGCAUGCAUUCUUCUAUCUCAGAGCUGUCUGUUUGAAGAGCCAGACCUAACGCAACGCUGCUGGGAAGUCAUUGACGCUCAAGCUGAGCUGGCACUUAAAUCCGAGGGCUUUUGUGACAUUGACGCUCAGACCUUGGAGAGCAUCCUCCGACGGGAGACUCUGAACGCUAAGGAGAUUGUAGUGUUUGAAGCGGCACUAAGCUGGGCGGAGGCCGAAUGUCAGCGGAGGGAGAUGAACACAAGUAUCGACAACAAACGUAAGGUACUCGGGCAAGCCGUCUACCUGAUCCGUAUCCCAACCAUGGGUCUUGAUGAUUUCGCGAACGGCGCUGCGCAAUCAGGAGUGUUAACGCUAAACGAGACCAAUGACAUUUUUUUAUGGUACACGGCGGCUAAGAAACCUGAGCUGCAGUUUGCCUGCCAACCUCGUAAGGGAUUGACGCCACAGAAGUGCCAUCGCUUCCAGUCGUGCGCCUACCGCAGCAACCAAUGGCGUUAUCGCGGACGCUGCGACAGCAUUCAGUUUGCUGUCGACAAGCGAGUGUUUAUCGCUGGUUUCGGGCUCUAUGGAUCGAGCUGCGGAUCUGCUGAGUACACCGCCAAGAUUGAGCUCAAACGACAGGGAGUGGUUCUGGGAACCAAUCUUAGCAAGUACUUCUCAGAUGGAUCGAGCAACACCUUCCCGGUUUGGUUCGAGUAUCCGGUUCAGAUCGAGCCUGACACUUUCUAUACGGCAAGCGUGGUUCUGGACGGAAACGAAUUGAGUUAUUUUGGACAAGAGGGUAUGACGGAAGUUCAGUGUGGGAAGGUGACCUUCCAGUUUCAGUGUUCUUCAGACAGUACAAAUGGCACAGGAGUGCAAGGCGGUCAAAUUCCAGAGCUCAUUUUCUAUGCCUAAGCUUUUCUUGGGAAAACAAAAAAAACAACCCACCUUACCAGUGUGAAAUAGCUUUACAUUAUGUACAAUAUCUGUUUUUGUAUUACAAGGCAGGAUUCAGCUUCUCCAGUGCUGCCAGCUCAAGCAAACCGAGGCAUAACAGGCAUUACAAUUGCCUUGUUUUGAGCUCUUAGUAGUUUUUCGGCGGCUGUCAAAGCGUGAACAGAUACACUGUAUUUCCUCCUUGUCUUAAAAGUGAAUUAAAUAUUUUAUUUUGUGCUCUGCAUAAAGCUGCACCUGUUUACAAAGGAAAAUCUCAUUUCAGAGAGAUGGAAGUGGUUGUCUAAGCCAGUGGUUUUCAAUCCUGGUCCUGGGGACCCACCGCUCUGUACAUUGUCUCAUUGAAUCAGGUGUGCUAAAUAAGGGAGACGCACAAAAGCAGUGGGAGCCCAGGACCAGGAUUAAAAACCACUGGUCUAAGCUCCCUAUUGGGUGCCACAGCCUAGCUGUUGCUCUUGAUUUUAAGAGUUUUGAUUCGUUUAAUUUGAGAGGGGACAUUUGUGCAUUGUACAGUAUAUAUUUAAAUGUGUGAAUUAAAUUCUAAAUACAUAUAUAAAUAUACUAUAUUAUCACUUCAUGGCUGUAUCUACUGUUUACAAUGACUAUGCCAUGUUAGUGAAUGCUUGCACAUGUAUAUUGUAGCAAUAGUGAGCAAAAUAUCCAAACUCAUGAUAACAGUCUAACUUCAGUAUUUCUCCACAUCACGAUUCAAGGCAAUCAAGAUACCUAACACCAAAGUUACCGUCACUAAAACUACUUUUUGAUUAAAUGUACUAUCAAGCACAUAUCAUCUUAGACACAGAAACAUUAAUUCUUUUCAUCAGUCAUAAUGUUUUGAGCGUAAACAUGUAGAGUUUGCACUGGAAUAAACACUUUUCAUUGCAGGGUCUUUGACCCUGCAGUAACCUUAGUCAAGAUAGACAUCAUUUUUAAUGUUAUGUUUUUUUUUUUUUUUUUCAGAAAUGAGAACAAGGCUUUGAGGGACAGAUGUACAGUUCAAUGGGUUUACUGUUUUUGAAUAAAUGACUCACAAGAAAAAAAAGGUUUAACUAGAUAUGACAUAGCACCUUAAAAUAAUACAUGCUAUUGGACUGUACAUCUGCCUCAAACAUUUUUCAUUUUUGGAAGAUUAAUAUGACUGACUAAGGUCAGUGGAAUUAAAUGUACAGUGCUUCAUGUUGUAUUAUAUUCAGCAGGAUGAACAUCCUAAAUAUUUCUUACAAUAAAAUGUCUCUGUUUUCAAUGGAUGUUAGGAAACAUAAGUUCACCACCGAUAUGUUUGUCACUUUCAGGUCAGUUUUAUAAGAAACUAACUGAACAAACACAUACACCUCUGUUAAUUCAGACGAAAUAACAGGUUACUUAUUCACAAACACCACCAUCACACAAUGUGACGUUUUGGGAUAUUGUGUCAUCAUUUCCACCUCUAUAAGUGUUGUGUUCAUGCCUAAUUAGCAGCAUAAUUAGCUGUCACCCAACAAACCCGUCUUCACGCUACUAAAUGGGAUGUUGUCAACUAACAUUAUAUCACAUAUUUGUAAAGACAAGACAUUUCAAGCAUUUUAUUUGGUCUGCAUUGGGCUGUAAUUACCAGCAUUGUUGUUUUCCCCCUCUUAUUUUCAUUAAGCUGUCAAAAGCAGCAAGCACGCUAAUUCUAUUCCCUGCUGAACUUUUAGUGACAGACAUAAUAGCGAUGAGCAGAAAACAAAUAAUUGCUCUUUAAACUGUUCGAGGAAUGACCAGUCACAUUUUACUGACACAAUCUAAUACAGCUUUCAUUUUUUCCUUCUAAUUUUACACAGUGAGCAGGAGAGCAGAAUAUUUGUUCACUGAAGUCAAAACACUAGGGUUAUAUGCUGUACAUUACCAACAAGGUGCACUUUAAAAUGUGCUUGAACAUUCUUUAUACAUUCAAAUUAACUGUGCCAUGUUAUUGACUUUUGUGUGUUGAGAUUUUAACAUUUUUUUUCUUCAUCACAUGAGCUACUUUAAUCUUUGUGCACUACUUAGAAGAGGUCAUUGAUGGAGCUUGCUGUAUGUCUAUGAUGAACACUUCUGUGAAUGUGUGUAAAGCAUAUGUUUGUGUUACAGUACAGAGAGACUUAUGAAUGUGUAUGAUAGUCGAACAUGCAAAUAAACUGAACAAGCAGUUCUAUUA